UGUUGGGCCAGUCAGAGAAGAACAUCAACAGCAGAACAAAUGGCUCUUUUGGAUGAUUUUGUUUUCUUUCUCUUCUCCAGUCCCACCACUGUGUUGGGGGCUGUUGCUGUCCUGCUUGUCCUUUACUUUAUCUCCAGCUGCUUCAGCUCCGAAGAAACAAGGAAGGAGCCUCCAGGGCCGAGGCCUCUGCCCCUGCUUGGCAACCUGUUACAGCUUGAUCUCAAGAGACCCUACAAAACCCUCUGUGAGCUUUCAGAGAAAUAUGGCUCAGUAUUUACAGUUUACUUUGGAACCAAUAAAGUGGUGGUCCUGGCUGGAUACAAGGCAGUCAAAGAGGCUCUGGUCAGCUUUGCAGAAGAGUUUGGAGACAGAGACAUAUCCCCUAUAUUUUAUGAUACAAAUCAAGGUCACGGAAUUCUGUUUGCUAACGGUGAAUCGUGGAAAGAGAUGAGACGUUUUGCCCUCACCACCCUGAGAGACUUUGGGAUGGGCAAAAGAGUAGCUGAGGAGAAAAUCUUAGAAGAAUGCCAGUAUCUGAUCCAAAUGUUCGAAAAGCACAAAGGGAAACCAUUUGAUACAACGUGUCCGGUGAAUUAUGCAACAUCCAAUAUUAUCUCCUCCAUCGUGUAUGGAAGCAGAUUCGAAUACAGUGACCCCCGAUUCAAAAAUUUGGUGAGAAGGGCAAAUGAGACCAUACGCAUCACAGGUUCUGCCUCAAUCCAGCUUUACAACAUGUUUCCCAGGCUGGUCAGAUGGAUAAAAAACCGGCAGCUGAUUUUAAAAAAUGUUGAAAUGACUGUCAGAGAUGUCAAAGAUUUGAUCAGGCAGCUGAAAGAGACACUGAACCCUCACACGUGCAGGGGCCUCGUGGACUGUUUUCUGAUUCGGAAGCAGAAAGAAGAGGACUCUUGUGUUACGGAUACUCACUACAAUGAGAAAAACUUGAUAUUCACAGUAACAAACUUGUUUGCUGCUGGUACUGAUACCACAGCAACUACACUGAGAUGGGGUUUGCUGCUUAUGGCCAAAUAUCCACAUAUACAAGAUCAGGUCCAGGAGGAGCUGAGCAGGGUGAUAGGAAGCCGUCAGGCCCGGGUAGAUGACCGUAAAAACCUACCCUACACUGAUGCUGUCAUCCAUGAGACACAGAGACUGGCCAACAUCGUCCCCAUGUCUAUCCCUCACAAAACCAGCCGAGACGUCACCUUCCAGGGCUACUUUAUCAAAGAGGGAACUACUGUGUUUCCUCUUCUUACCUCUGUCCUGUAUGACGAGAGCGAGUGGGAGAGCCCACACACUUUCAACCCUUCCCACUUCCUGGAUAGGGAGAGUAAAUUUGUCAGGAGAGAUGCCUUCAUGCCCUUUUCUGCAGGUCGCAGAGUGUGUCUCGGGGAGAGUCUGGCAAAGAUGGAGCUCUUUCUGUUCUUCACCUCGCUCCUCCAGCGCUUUCGCUUCACUCCUCCACCAGGAGUUACAGAGGAUGAGCUGAAUCUGACAGCAGGUGUGGGCUUCACCCUCCCUCCUUGGCCUCAUGAGCUGUGUGCUGUCAGUCGCCAGUGAGGAAGAUAGCCAGAGCAUGGCACUAUAACUGCCUGUGUCAGUGGCAGGAAUGUUGUACAACUCUCUCUCACACAGGGCAGUGACUUUUUUCUUUCACCACUGCAUUGCAUGCUGGGAUGCUGGGCAGCCAGCAGAGGUCCCCAUCUUCAAGCCCAAGAUCUGUGAACAAAAGCAGAAUACCAUCAGGAAACAGAAGAGUCAUGUGAUAGUAAUGGAGAAAUGAAUGGUGGAGACAGUGACUUGAUGUAUGUUAUUUGUUUUCAUUAGUGUACAGAGACUGAUAGAAUUUGGGUGUAUGUACACUUUUAUAAUAACAGACUUUUAGAAUAUAUCCCUGCUUCUCAGCUACUAUGGAUUUGAUUUUUCACAAACUGAUGUACUGUAAAGAGCAGAUUCAAGAGAUUGCAUUCCAAAAUAAAUAUGUUUAGCUUACUAACUGGCAGUGGCUAAUGUAACUUGCCUCACAGUUCCUUUGGACAACUUGCAGUUCAAU